AUGCAAACAGACUUGUCAGGUUUGAAGAAUUUCUUCUGUGCCGCGUUUUUCCUGCUAUUCUUGAAAACAGUAUUUGAAGACAGCGUAUAUUACGGGAAUCCAGUGCACCAUUUAUGGCUGAUAAAAUGGAAUUUCAACAAAUUACCGAUAACUUUAAUAUUCUGGAGUUUAUUAGCGGGAAGUACGCUAUUCGUUUAUUAUAGCUUGCGAUUUUGGAGUAAAGUACCGUGCAAAGUGGAACCAUUGAAAGACUUCAUCAUUUUACUUUCACUGUAUGUUAUAUAUCUGUUUGGAUUAUUUUAUUGCUGUUUUCGGUUCACGUUAACGAUGCAACUCGAAUGCGCCUGCACCUUUAUUGUGGCUUGUGAAAGUACACGUAUUUCCAUGAAAGUCCAUUCUUUCUUGCGUGAAGUAUACUCACUGGCAGUUCGUUUGAAAAUUGAAGCUGGUAAAACUGAUGAUCUCAAGAUGAUAAUACCUCGAUUUGAGAAGGAGGACCUGACGACAGUCCGUUUUUCAACAAUGAACUGUUACGCUAUUCAGAUCGACAAUUUUAUCUGGUAA